UAAUAAAAUCAAAGACACAGUAGCAGAUUCUGAUUAGCAGCAAGAAAGAAAUGAAUUGCUUUAUUUUCCGGCAAGAAAGCUCUUUUGACAUUCAGCAUCCAACAACAAAUCUAUCAUUAACCACCAAACAAACAACGAUCUCUGAUACAAACUCUUUCUCUCUAAAUUCCUUCUCUCACUCUGUUUCCUCUCCAUCAGCCAAUUCAUUGACCAUCGACACGGCUGAAUCGCGUGUGGGCUCAGUUUCUCGUGCACUAGCAGCAACAUAUGAGGCACAGAAUUCCGGCGAUGGUCCGUCAGUAACUAUCCAGAAACGGCCGCGUUUCGGGUGGACGCCAUGUCCGAUUUCAAAUGACGAGUUUGAUAGGCAUAUUUCCUGCAAUCUAAAUCUGACUCUUGGACCUUCUACACUUCAAGCCAAUAGGAGUCCUUAUUCAGCUGGGAUGCCUGAUCCGCAUCAGGAAUUUCCCAAAUCUCCAGAACUAAAGUUUAAUGAUAAUGGUAAAGAAUUUCAUAUGUUGGUUAUUUCUGAUGGCAGAAAUGGUAAUCAAGGGCCUGUCACAAAUGAUGUACCCCAGGACCGGGAUUUGGAAGUAUCCUCGGAUUUUCUGAGUGCAAAUCAUAUUGCUGAGGCUAUGGCUAUGCGCUCGCAAAUAGAAGUUCAAAAACGGUUGCAUGAACAACUUGAGGUACAAAAAGCCCUUCAGCGACGGAUUGAGGGACACGAAAGGUAUUUGAGAAAGAUCAUCAAUGAAGGAUACUCCAAAAUAAUUAAGGGGGAUGAGGAAAAAUUUUAAAAAUAAUUAAAAGGGGGCCAAAACAAAAAAAAAGAAAAUGUUUUGCAAGGCUUAAAAAAAUUUCUAGAUGUUGGUUGGUCUGGUUCUUCUCAGUGGAAGAAUAGCAGAAAACUAGUAGUGCCGUUCUUUCCCUCAGAAGCUUGUCAUUGCCAUCGUCGACCAAUUCAUAUCAGGACUCCGAGCUGUAGCCACCACCUUCCCCCAAUGGUUGUCAAUCAACGUCCCCAAUCAGAUGAGCCUAAACAUAGUAACUUGUCAUCAGUCUCAUCAUUAUCAUCAAGUAGAAAGCCACUGAUAGCUGUAACUCUGCAAAACGAGCAUCUGAUAAGAAGAUCUGUGUAGAAGAGAAAUCAGAAUCAACAAUAGGAAAGGGUGUGGUUAAAAAUCAGAUCAUAUCUUAAUUAUAAAAGCAUUUGUCAAAAAAAUUGUGAAUAUGUUGUGUUUCCCUAAAUGCAGUGAGUUGAAAAUGAUUGUGGUGGCCCCAAAUAGUUUAAUAUCUAGAUUUCUCCGGUUCAUCCGAUUUCACUUAUGAUUUUUUUUAAGUCAAUUCAAAUUGAAGCAACAGCAACCUUCAGUUCAUGUUUUAAUUGAUCCGUGUCAUAAGUAUGAAGAAGGGAGUUAGAAGGAAAGAAAUUCUAUGAGAAUGUUUAUUUCAGUGUAUUAGAAAAAGUACAAGUGAGCCUGUUUAUAUAAUAGCAAUACAGAGGAGUUAGUCCUCUCUUCUAGCUGAUUCACAAGCAUAA